AUGUAUUUACUUUUGUUUUUGUUUCAGGGUUCUGUUGAAAAAUCCUCAGGCAGUAAGAGUUUUGAUUUUGGCCCUUCUGAUGGUUCUUUUGCAAUGAAAGUUCAAAGAACUAUUUGCCCUCACUUUGGAUCUCAGAUUGCUCUUGAAGUCAUUGAGCUUGUUCAGACUAGAAACCAAGAUAAACCUAAGAUAUUCAUUGAUUGGGCAGAGUCUCUUGUUUUAAAUGUUCUGGAAUGUGUGUUGAAUUCAUCUAUGCCCAAAGUGUCUGGAAGCGAGCAUCAGUCUAUGAGCAAAUUCUCUUUUGGUAACAAGUCUGUCUCAUUUCAUUCUGCUAUCGCCAAUGGUGUCUUUGCUAAAUCUGAUGGUAUUCCAGAGGUUGCUAUAUCUGAUGCUAUUCCGGAGGUUGCUAAAUCUGAUGUUGCCCCAGAGGUUCCUACGUCUGAUGGUAUUCCAGAGGUUGCUACAUCUGAUGGUAUUCCAGAGGUUGUUGUACAGCAAGAGAGUCGUCAUGCGGUCACUCCAGAUGUCGUUACUCCCAUUGUACCUCCUGCUGUUAUCUUUGGUGGUUUACAUAAUCCAGUUGUUCUAUCUAGCUCUUCAACACCUGCUAAAGUGCGUAAUGAGGCUGUUGCAAAAGAAGGUCCUGUUCCAGUAUGCGCCUUGUUUUCUGAAGUUAAAACAAAAGAUUCAAUUGUUGCAGUUCCUGCCAAAUGUUCUAUAUGCACUUUUUUUUUGCAUAUCAGUUUCCUCUGUAUCUUGAGUUGCUCUGUUUUCAGGUUGUGCAUUCUUUUCUUAUUUUCAGGUAUUUCUCCUUCAAAGUCUAAAUGUGAUAUCACUGAUGUCGAUUCUUUCGUGUUGCUUUCAGAUGGCCCUGCUAAGGAUUGUAAUGAGGAAGAUGUUGUUAAUGCUUUUGGGAUUCCUUCCUUUGCCGAGCUUAAUCGUGCUCUUGGUAUUCAGUCACCUUCUAAUGUCUGCAAUUACACCCCAGUUCACGCUCAUGGAAAAUCUCCUAUGGAAGAUACAAAUUCUUUUAGAGACCUGUCACCCCUUGUUCCAAUUCGCUUGUCGCAGUAUUUCCGUAAUGAGUUGGGUGAUGUCCAGUGUUCUCAGUAUGUUGCCGACAGAUAUCUGAAGUCGUUUAAUUCACCUAAUGACGAGGAUUGUAUUGUUAUGGUUAAUGUCGAUCACUCUGAUUAUUCAAAGCCAACCAAUCAUGUGAACUUAUGUUCUCCUGAUGUAAUCUUGCAAACUACUCCAAAAGCUGUUGUGAAGCUCAAUGAGGCAGUAGUUGAUGUCCAUAAAAUUGGUAGCUCAAACUUUGCAGCUAGGUGUCAAGAGCUAUCUAGAUCAAAUGAUGUUACUUACAACAAGCUGCACAGUUUUACUGCCCCUGCAACAAGUUAUCGUAAUCCUGUAAAGGUUGCUAAUAGCCCGGAAUUAGAGAUCCUGUCAGACACGCCUAUUGUUUCUAGUGCUCAUCUUUCUAAGGUUCCUGCAUGUUCAAAAGGUGCUCCAUCAUUUCAGCCCCUUGGUGGUUCUACAACUAGGUCUUCUGCAGCUCAUGUCCCUCGUAGAAUUGUUGUCCCUGGUAGAUUCAACUCAGAUCCUUAUGUUCCUCAAGGGAAUCGUUAUUCAGUUACUGCUCAAGAAAGGCGUAAUCAUCUUGCAAUGGUUCAGAUUGCAAGUCAUCCAGAGUGGUGCAAGUACGAGGCUAUCCGAUAUGAAAGAGCUUACUGUAGUUAUAGUAACCUUUCUUCACUACAGUUCAAAUCUCGCGUAGACAAUUUCUUGAUCUUGUGUGUGUGUCGAUAUCUAUUCAAUGAAGCUCACCCUUCCGUUUCUAAGAAACAUUUCUUCUUCUCUUACAUUGGUGAAACAAUUCUGGAUGGUACUAAUGCUGAGAUUGUUGGUAAUGCUUUCAAUGGUGCUAAUAGCGCUUUUCCUAUGUGGAGAAGCAACAUGCUGUACUUCCCUAUUUGUAGGUUCAGUCAUUGGUUUUCUUUUGUGGUUUGCUUGAAGGAGAAACUGUUUGUCUUCCUCGAUUCAUUAUAUGGCGAGUUCUCCGAUUUCCACCUAGCCAUUCGUGAUCCGAUUGUUAACAACUUCAUCAAUCUAUGGGACACAUAUGUGACUCCUAUAUUGAGGAAGCGUAUUGACUUUCAAAAUUUCGACAUUGUGUAUCCUGCGGUAUGA